AACGAUUUUUAGCCUCAUCACCCCCGCUGUCGUCAAUAACAGUAUCUUUAAUCUCUACUGUUUGUGAGAAAAAUGGGAAUGGAAUCAGUUUCUCUGAGCUAUACCUCUAUGGUUGCACCAAAUCAUAAAAACGGCCUUCACAAAAAUAGAAAAUAUCCAUUGAUCUCAACCAAUUUUGCCAUAACAACGAGAACAAGAAGAAGGUUUCCCUUUUCUGUUAUCAAGAAUUACAAACAGUACCAUCCCCAAGACUUUCAUGGCUAUGCAAAACCUUUGCGCCUCUUAGAAGCCACAGAACCUAAAGUAUGCACAGAAACCUCUCAACAGAAGGAUUUUCUGACUUUCAAUGCAGGUGGAUCUCAGUCUCUGUUCAAGGUUAAGAUACAGACAAGUAAUGCCUAUGGGUCAAGCCUGAGUGAUCCAAAUGCUGGAGUACUCUUAUGCUUAAUUGAUACAAAUGGUAGCUCUAUAUUGCAGACGAUUCAUGUGAUUUUGAAGUCCAAUUCUGCAGAACCCUUGAAAAUGGUAGAGGGCAACCCAGUUCAUUUCCAAAGAGGUUCUGCUGAUGUAUUCAUGUUUGAGGGACCAAAAUUGGAGGGAAUUGAAGCUCUUUGGAUUAGCAUUGAAUCAGGUCAAUGGAGAUUAGGUGGUGUGAGCCUGACAGUCAUUAGUCCUUGUGAAACUUCAUUAGAAGGAAAUGAUAGAGAAGACAUUCAGUUCACUGCUUUCCAGUAUGAAUUUCAAGUUGAUGACAUAUUACUUGGAGAAGGGACUGACAUAUCUGUCGUGGAGCUAAGGCCUAGUCUUGUUUCAGAAUUAUCCAGGGUUGACCCAUACAACUUAUUGAGCAAAACUCCUGAAUCAACAUCAAUAUCUGCUGGCAGGAUUUCCAAUGAGGAAAGCAUGAGAGAGUAUGCAGAUUUGAAGUUAUCCUUGUUAUCUUAUGAUGCUGCUCUAAUUUUUCUUGGUACAAUAGUAGCAAAUUUCUCAGCUGAUGAAAAUUCAGCAUUUGCAUUCUUCAUUGGUGGGAUCUUCGGCUUCUCAUAUUUGUUGCUGCUGCAAAGGUCUGUCGAUGGAUUACCAUCUUCAAGUCCCGUAUCCAGUAAUACGGGCGGGAUUGAAAAUCUAUUUAGAGGGUUGAAGGGACCAGUAUCAGGCUUGGCAUUGGCAAUAGGACUUACCUCUCUAGCAGUGAAGUUUAGCUCUGGAGAUUUUGCAAUGGUGUUUACCCCAAAAGAUCUGUUGAUCGGAACAAUGGGGUUUCUUGCCUGUAAAGUUGCUGUGGUGUUAGCUGCAUUUAAGCCCAUCUCCCUGGAUUUGAAGGAGAAUGAAUAAUGCAUUGUUAUUCAUUUUCUGGACUUUCUAUAGGGAAAUGGAAGACUAGAGUUAGCAUAGAAAACAAAUAGAAAAAAAAAGCCCAGAGUUUGUGCAUAUGUAAUAUAAAAGGAAAACAUAAUCAGAACAUAUAAGAAAAUACACAAAUUUUCUUUUCUUUGCAAA